UCACGUGGUUCCGGCGCGAAGAUGGCGGCCACCAAGAGGGUGCUGUACGUAGGCGGGCUGGCGGAGGAGGUGGACGAGAAGGUGCUGCACGCCGCGUUCAUCCCCUUCGGCGACAUCACCGACAUCCAGAUCCCGCUGGACUACGAGACGGAAAAGCACCGCGGGUUCGCCUUUAUCGAGUUCGAGCUGGCAGAGGAUGCAGCAGCAGCGAUUGACAACAUGAACGAGUCCGAGCUCUUUGGCAGGACAAUUCGGGUGAACUUGGCCAGACCCAUGCGAAUUAAAGAGGGAUCAUCCAGACCUGUCUGGUCGGAUGAUGACUGGCUGAAGAAGUUUUCGGGGAAGACUUUGGAAGAGAACACAGAGGAGGGAGGAGCAGAGGCCUCCAAAAAAGAGGUGCAGGAGGGUGAGCCUCCUGCCAAGAAAUCCCGGGCGAACCCUCGGGUUUUCAUGGAGAUCAAGAUCGGAAACAAACCUGCGGGGCGGCUGCAGAUCCUCCUGCGCUCGGAUGUGGUGCCCAUGACUGUGGAGAAUUUCCGCUGCCUCUGCACCCAUGAGAAAGGCUUUGGCUUCAAAGGGAGCAGCUUCCACCGCAUCAUCCCCCAAUUCAUGUGCCAGGCUGGCGACUUCACCAACCACAACGGCACCGGGGGCAAAUCCAUCUACGGGAAGAAGUUUGAUGAUGAAAACUUCAUUCUGAAACACACGGGGCCAGGGCUGUUAUCGAUGGCAAACUCGGGCCCAAACACCAACAGCUCCCAGUUCUUCAUCACGUGUGAGAAAACAGACUGGCUGGACGGGAAGCACGUGGUGUUCGGGGAGGUGACGGAGGGCAUGGACGUGGUGCGGCAGAUCGAGGCUCAGGGCACUAAGGACGGGAAGCCGAAGCAGAAGGUGAUCAUCUCGGACUGCGGAGAGUGCCCCUGAGCAUGGGCUGAGCCGGGCUGGGAUGGGGUGGCCCC